AUGUCUCUGAAAGUGCAUACAAGCAACAUCACCAACAUGAAUAACCCCAAGUCCCUCAACUCUCGGGUCUUCACUGAGAACAUAAACACAGCUAUGGUGAAAAAGGCGGACGUGGAGACCACGUUGACCAAGUAUGGCCAUGUAGCUGGCUGCUCUGUGCACAAGGGCUAUGCUUUCGUCCAGUAUGCCAGUGAACGUCAUGCCGCCGUGCCGGGCGAGAACGGGCUGGUUCAGGGGCAGAUUCUGGACAUCAACAUGGCCAGAAAACCUAAACCAAAUAGACCAAAAGGACUCAAGAGAGCAGCUUCUGCCUCCUAUGGGCUUUUCAAGCCCCGGGGCCGACUCUCUCCAGUCCCCAGGGUGGUUCCUGUGAAGUGGCCACGGGUCACCACCAUCCCUCUCGUCAGUCGCAUCAAAGCUACUUUGCCGAUCAGACUCUUUACCCGCUCCACCACAUGUAACAGUUCAUGCAAGUUAAAGUUGAAAUGUACUGAGCUGCAGACCAUCAAGACAGAACUUACCCAGAUCAAGUACAAUAUUGAGGCCCUGCUGGGGCGACUGGACCAGAUCUCGGAGGAGCAGAGGCCUAGCACAGAUGGCAAGAUGAACAAUGAAAAAAAAAGUGAGGCCACUCAGGAGGACCCAGCGUCCCAGGCAGGGAUACCCUUGGAAGAUUUGUUGUCUGGGGAUGAAGGUGAUGAAGCGCCGGCACAGGAUGACUUUGAAGAUUUGGAUAACCGCCAAUACACAGAGCAGGAUGAAUUGACUCUACACUAA